GCAGGAGAGAAGGAAGGGAAUACAUUCCAUAAACGAAAAAAAAAAAAAAUUGUAGAGUUCAAUUUAGCAUGAAAUAAAAGGAUAAAUUAAAUCAAUGAAAUUUAAAAUGAUUGGCCCAUGCACGCGCCUAUCCUUUUUUUAUAUUUUAUUCGAUAUGUUUACCUUAGGCCGUGUGUCUAGAAUGACUAGACACAAUCUAUUCACAAAGAUACCCAUUCGUACAUACAUUAGGCCUCAUUACUAUGACAAUUCAUUAUCAAAAGCAAUGAAACAACAGCAAAACCCUUUUCGACGCAUCGGUCGUUUUUUGGACGAAAUGGAUCAUAAAAAGGUACUGUGGACAAUGAUUGGUACCAAUGUUGUCGUCUUUUGUUGCUGGCAAUAUGCAAAGGACUCUUAUAAACAAUUUGGUGACUCACGCUGGCUGGACUUUAUGUGUCGUCACUUUACUCUAAACAAGACAUCGAUGGAUGCAAGUCAGUAUCAUACCUUGCUUACCUCCACCUUUUCACAUUCCUCAUUGCCUCACCUGGCAAUGAACAUGUUUGUUCUACAGUCCAUGGGUGAAGGUGUAUUAACGGCCAUAGGCACCUCUCGCUUCUUAUUGCUUUAUACAGGUGCUGGCAUAGUCGCUUCACUCAGUUCGUUAGUCUACUCAAAAUACAUUCGACCCUUGCUGGAAACAAACAAGUUUGGUUAUAGACAAAAUAUGAAUACAUUAUCAUUAGGAGCAUCUGGAUCGCUCAUGGGUCUCGCCAGCUUUUUUGCAGCUGCAUUUCCAAAAACUACCUUUUAUGUAUUCUUUAUCAUUCCCAUGCCUGCUCUUGCUUGUGUAGGCUUGUUUGCUGCAGUUGAUGUCUAUCUAGCAAGUACAUUAAAUGUAAGUGACAGUAGAUUUUUAAAAGAACAUGAUCCUAAUUCAUUGUUUAUAGAGCGGUAUUCUUGAUAGUGCAGC